AUGAAGGCGUUUUCAGCACCAAGAGGCGAGAGAGAUCCCCUUUUAACCACACUCGUAAACGCAUCGGGGUCGAGUACCAUUCGCGAGGAGAAAUCCGCCCUCGAAAGUUUCCGAAAGAAACGCGAGUCCUCCGUACGAAACAAAGAGAAGUUUACCAAAAAGGAAGAAGAAGACCAAGAAGUUCAAAGACCGAAUAAUAAUAAUAAUAAAACGAUUCACGAUGUUUUCGCGCACUCCGCGGUGUUCGUGUUAGUCUUAUUCUCCGCGUUUUUUGCCUUUGUGUGCGUGGGAUUUGUCCACCGAAGCCACUACAUUCGAGCGAAGGAAAACGCGCUCGUUCGAGCGAUGAACGCGGACAUGCUGGAGGAAACGUUGAUGAAAAAUACGAACGAACUCGUACCUUUGAGUGUCUUUUUGAAAACGUCUGGUUCUGGUUCUGAUUCUUUGGAGGAGGAGGAGGAUGAAAAUGGAGAUGAAGAUGGUCGGCGUAAAGACGCUUUAUUCGCUGCGGAGAAAUCUGGAAAGAGGAGGAGAAAAGAGGAGAAAGUGGAGACGACGAAAUACAGCAACGGGAAGUCGUUCGCGCGAACGAUUUUGACGAAAGAGGAAGUGAAACCGUUCGAGAAGUGGUUGGCGAAAGACGGGGAGAUUGAGUUGGAUAAGUUAGUGGAAGCGCUCAGGGCGGAUAAAGAGACGCUGUACGAGAAAAAUCAAGAAGAAGAAGGGACGUUAGGGAGACGAGAAAAAGAAGACGACGAAGACAGUAGCAGUAGUAGUAGUACGAGAAGUAGGAACAACAACAAGAAUAGUAAUAAUAAUAAGUGGAAACACUCGAGCGCGACGUUUGCGGCGUCGAUAAAUGGCGGCGGCGGCGACGAUCUCGUCGAUGAUAGCACGGUGCCAAACUCGAAACAUAAAUUUUCCUUGUGUUUAGACGAUAUGGAAAAUUGGGACGUGCGAUUAGGCGCCGGCGCGUGGAUGGACGCGUUGAUUCAAACCAAACCGGAAGGGAAGAAUAGCGCCGGGGAGUGUUUCACGAACGUUGUGUACGAUUCCGGUCCCGAGUGCGCCAAAGCGGACGUCAGAGUGUUUCAAUCCGGAUCGGUUUUGUUAAAAGGCGCGUACGUGAGCAGAGAGAAUCCAGCGCCUCCUCAAGAAGGCACGACGAUUGGCGCUAAACUCAUGGCAAAACUCGGUUUUUUCGAUAACGAUAUCCUUGGGCCGGAUAUCAAUCAAGAUAUCAUGAUCGAUAGUUCUCUCGAGAACGAAAAUCGAACGGCGCAAGAUCCGAUCGAGUUCACCGAAGAGGCUAUUUACGAAGAUCAAAUGGCGUUUUGGGAGAGCAAAUCAAACCGAAGAAUGUUGCUCAAUAAUAAAAAGAGUAAGAAGAAAAAGAGUUUAGGCGAGAAAGAAGAAGUAGUGUUGCACCAACGAGGAGAAAAACAAGAAGAAAAACAACAACAACAACAAUCUCAACAACAACAACAAGCGGCGUUGUGGCGACUUCCGGCGAAGCAAAAUCCGGAUCAAGUGUACGUGUACGCCUCGUUGGAAACACCCGGCGCGUUCGGAAAGGAUUUAAUGAACGAAGGAUUACUCUCUCAAGUGGAUUACAUCGCGCACGGGAACGAGAAAGCCUCCUCUUUAUGGCUUCCACAAAUGAUAUCGACCAAAGGUUUGAUGGCUUCCUACGAAGCGUUUAGUCGCUCGAAGCAAUCGCGCAUCCCCGGCAUCGCUUGGUUGGGAAAGAACUGCCCGGACAACGCGCCAAAAAUGAAGGUUUUGAAAGAAGUGUCCAAGCAUUUCCCGGUGUUUUCCAUCGGCGAGUGUCGGAGAAACACGAACGAACCGCUGGGUUUACCGGAACACAAAGUCAUGGGAUCCGGCGGCAUCGAUUUCUUCACCAAGACGCAGUUAGCGUUGUCCGAUUAUUUAUUUUAUUACGUCGGCGAGGAUGCGGAUUGCCCGGGUGCAAUUCACGCGGACUUAUGGAUGGCGUUGGCGAGAGGGUCUAUUCCGGUGUAUUUUGGCACGGCGAACGUGUACGAGUACCUCCCGUGUCCAGAAGGUGACUGCAUCGUCGACGUGAAAAAGUUCGAUUCGAGCGCGCACUUGGCGAAAGAGUUGAGAAAGAUUUCCAGCUCGCAAAAGUUGUACAAAAAAGCAACCGAAUGGCGACGACAAUCUCCGGACAAUUGGCAGUUAGGAUUCAGGAGAGGCAUCGCCAGAGCGUCGCAGGAUUUCAGGAAAACCUUGUGCGAUUCCGUGUUAAAGAAAGGCGGCGACCAAGCCGAUUUAACGAAAGAGGAAGUCAUAAAAAGAACCAUCACGAGCGUCCCGUGGUCGAACGCCGCAUCGGUGAAAAGUACUACCACGAACAAUGACGACGAGAACAACGCGUCCUCUUCUUCUUCAUCAUCAUCCACUACUACCACUACAACCGCAACCGCGUACCUCGAAGGCGCUUUACGCGCGGAAAAAGCCGCGGAAAUCGGCGACCAACGCGCUUCCUCCGUCGCGUGCGCGAAACAAACCGAAGUCAUCGCGUUAGGCCAAAGAGUCGGCGAUAUGCUUGGUUUCGAGAGCGAAAUAGAUGGAUUUACCGACCCGAGCGAUUUCAUCAACGUGGAAAUCAAAUCCAAGCAGCAGUUGGAAAAAGAACGCAAAGAACAAGAGGCCUUCGACGAGGCUGAGGAAAUCGACGAUUCAGGAGACGACUAA